AUGAAUUGGUGUAUUCCGUCAUAUUCCUUAAUAACUUUAGGGUCUGCCCUUAAAUUUAUAAUUGCAAUUGGAGUUUAUUUCAGUAUAUUAUUACUUUGGAGCGUAUAUCGGGAAGUUUAUAAUGUUUUAGUUAACUCUCAAAUCUCUAAUUUAAAUGAAGAUGCAGGAUUUAUAUCCUUUCAGAGUCCACUAAUUGGUUAUAAGACCUGCUAUAUUGGAAUGGUUUUGAAACAAAUAUAUAUGAUUCUCCUGGUAUUGAGUCAAGUAUUACUGUGCAUAGUUGUAUGGAAUGUAAUUUGUGCAUCAAGUGCAGAUAUACUACCUUAUUGGCCAGAAAGAGCUCAAGCUUACAUAAUAUUAUAUUGCUCAGGUUUAAUUUUAGCUUUUAUUCGUUACUUUGCAGAACCUCAAUUUAAUUCAUUUUUUAUGCUCAGAGAUUCUUUAAGAACUUGUUCAUAUAUUAAAUCAGCACCGAAAGAUUCAGAUAUUUGGUUUUUUAUUCACUGGAUUAACAGUUUAAGAGGAUUAGACAGACUAAAAUCCUUAAAAGGCGAUGUGACCAGUUUUAAUCAGAAUCUAAAUUCCAAGUCUAAAUGUACUCAAUCCACAGAAAAAGAAUUAAGUUAUCUUAAAUCUGUAAAACUUCCUCUACUUCCAGUAUGUGUACAUCCUGAUGGAACUCGAUAUCUUUGUCACCAUCAGGUAACUUAUUGCUAUGUUGAGACUAGAAAUGAAUUUGUCCGAUUUGAUCAAGAUUGGGAUUUUACAGAACUUGUUCAAUAUGGAAUAGCAAAUGGAGGAUUAUCAAGCAAAGAGGCACAAACAUUACUACAUCAAGUUGGAAGUAAUGAUAUCAAUUUAGAAAUGCCUAGUAGAUUAGAGGUUUUAUGUAAGGAGUUACUACAUCCUAUAAAUAUCCUACGUUUAGGGAGUUUAUGGCAAGGUGUAUUUUUACGUUUUUAUUUAUGGUCAUUUUUGUGGGCUUGUAUGAUUACUUCAACUAUACUAGGGACGUUAAAGAUUAUUCAAAAAAAUAGAGAAAGUAUACAAAGAGCUCUUCAAAAUUUUGUAUAUAGACCUGUAGAAGUUAAACGUGAUGGAGUUUACAAAGUUAUUCCUUCAAAUGAAUUAGUUCCAGGAGAUCUUAUUUUGUUACCAAAUGGAUUUGUUGCUCCUUGUGAUAUAUAUGUAAUAUCAGGAUAUGUAUUAGUUAAUGAAACCUAUAUGAGUGGUGAGACAUCCCCUACGAUAAAAACUCCCAUAAAUUUGGACUUUUCAGACAGUCCCAGUGAUACAGAUAUUGAUACUUUGACUGAAUAUAAUAAAAAAGAUAUAUUAAAUGACAACUUUCUACUAUGUAAUGAAGGUUUGGGAACUCAAGAAGGAAUUUCAGUAUAUUCUAAUUCAAAAGAAAGUUUAAGAAGUUAUAACAAUAAUAAUACAAAAGUUCAAAGUAACUCAUCUAUAUCUAUAAAAAAGAAUAAGACUAAUAAUCAAUCUAAGUCCUCACUUUACUCAUCACUACCUGAGCCUAUAUACACAGGUACUGAAAUAAUAAACUCUUUAGCCUCUCAUAAUUAUAAUGGAAGUGCUUUAGGAGUAGUAUUUAAAACUGGAAUAUAUUCAACUCAUGGACAAUUAUUAUACAAAAUUUUAUAUGGAGAUGAAUCUGAAAGUUCACAAGAUUCUUUGUUUUCUCAUGUUGGGUAUAUCCGUAACUUUGUAUCCUUCUGGUUUAUUUCUAUGUUUACUGCCUGCUGCCUUAUAUUAUAUCAAAAUUAUAUUCUUGGUUGGAAGUUAGGGUCUUUUUUUUUUGCAGUUGGAACUUUUAUUCAGCUUCUUCCUAUAUGGGCUCCAGCAUGUAUUCAAUCUUCCUUAGAUAGAAGCGUAAAGCGUUUGGAUAAAAUUCAUGGUCUUACAAGCACAGUUCCAUCUAGAAUUCCCUUUGCUGGGAAGUUAAAAGUUAUUUGUUUUGACAAAACAGGAACCUUAACUAACAGUAAGAUGACUUUAAUGGGGGUUGUCCCAUUUUCUUUAAAAUAUGAAUUAUAUUCAUCCCCAAAAUGGAACAACUCACAAUUAAUUUCUGAAGAGUACCAUGAUUCAAUUGAUUCUAUAGAUUUAGCAAAAAUUCAACAAAAAUCUGGGAUAUAUUUACUAAAAAAAGAAUAUGAUGAUGAUUCAAAUAUAAAUAACAAUAAUUCAAAUGAGGGUGGAAUCAGUAAAUUAGAUAAAGAUUCUUUCGAUAUAAAAGUUCAUCCAGAACAAAGUUGGGAAUCUUCUACCAUAUCAUUUGAUGAAGAGGAUCCUUUAAUUAGACAUGAAGUUAUUCCUAAUUUGUCUAAAAUGUAUAUGAAGAUACCUCAAGCUAUUUCAGUUAGCUCUCUUAGCUUUGAUAGUAUUUUUCUCUUAGGUAUUACCUGUUGCCAUACCCUUUCAUACUAUGAAACAUCUGAUAAUAAGAUCCAAUAUUAUGGAAAUGAUAUUGACAAAGCUCUUUUUAUGAGUACUAAUGCUGAACUAAAAAUAAGGAAUAACAGAAGAUUUAUAAAACCAAGUGGUUAUAGCUGCUUGGAAAAACCAUUAGAUAAUGAAGAUUUUCCAAUAGAAGUUGUUAAAAUAAAUAAUUUCGAUUGGCGUUAUGCUUGUAUGUCUGUAGUAGUGCAUAUGAGAUUAGAAAAUCGCUACUUUGUGUUCUGUAAAGGUUCACUAGAAGCAUUAUCACAAAUAAUUAAGCAUAAAGAAGUUUUGAGCUCUGAAGAAAUAAAUAUUUAUAGCCAUUUAGGCUAUUAUGUAAUGGGUCUUGCAUAUAGAGAGAUUACUGAACAAAAUAUAAUAAAUUUCCUUAAAUAUAAGACAAAAUUUAAUAUCUCACGACGCAUUUUAGAAUCUGGACUGUCAUUUCUUGGAUAUUUAUUAUUUCUAAAUGAAUUAAGACCUUCUGCAACAACCCUUAUUCAAGGAAUAAAGACUGCAGGAAUCACACCAAUAAUGGUCACAGGUGAUUCUGCCUAUACUGCAUUAUCUGUUGCUAGGAAAGUUGGUAUUAUUUCACCCGGAUCGUCAGUAGCAAUUGGAGAUGUCAUUUCAUCUAUUUCAUCACAAGAGGAGCAGGAAAUUGUAUGGUAUACUGGGAAUACUGGAAAUGAGGAACGGAUAGAUCCUAUUGAUAUUUAUGAAUCCUCUGAUUAUGAUGCGCUUGUGGUAACUUCUAAAGCUUUAAUAAUAUUGGCAUCUGAAAAAUAUCAAGAUCUACUCAGGUAUAAAUUAGAAUCAACUUACAUUUUAGAUAAUGAGGUCACUUCUCGACAUAUAAAUAAUUUAUACGAUAGAAUUUUUGAACGCAUAAAAAUUUUUGCAAGAGUGACUCCAGAUCAAAAAUUAGCUAUUGUCCAGAAGUAUAUUGAACGAGGUAUCAUUACUGGUAUGGUUGGAGAUGGAAUUAAUGACUGGCCUGCAUUGAAAUCAGCUCAUGUCGGUAUUGCAAUCAUAGGAAAUAUACCUAAUGGUAAAGAUCAACUAAGUCUAAAUAAUGUAAAAACAAGAACUGUCAAUUCUUGUAAUUUGGAUAAUAUACAAACUUUAUCUCCAAUGACACUUGUAUUUGCUUCAUUUAAUCUAAAUGAAGAACAUUUAUUGAAUAUAUUGGAUCUUAUUCGAGAAGGUAGGGCUGCCAUGGUAACUACAUUUGCCUUGUUUAUGUUUAUAGCAUCUCAGGGCACCUAUUAUUCUAUAUUUAAAAACAUUUUAUUUGCAAUCGCACAGGCAAAUCUCCCAGUUAUGACUUAUGUAUAUAUAGAUAGCUUCAUUGUUUUCCCUUCACUUCUAUUUAUGAUUAGAUCAAAACCAAAAAGGCAUCUACAAGCAUAUCGUCCAACUGGAGCAUUUUUGGGGUCAAGAACACUCUUAUCUUUCCUUUGUUUAUUAAGUAUAAAUCUAUUCUUUUUCUUUAAUAUGAUACGAAGAUUAUUUUCAAUGCCUUGGAUGGUUUUUUCAUAUUCUUAUAAUAUUUCAAUCCCUGUUCAUGAAUGGUAUAGACGACAAGAUAAUUAUGAAGCAUCAUCGACCUCUCUUUGGAUGUGUUUUCAACUCUCUUUUGUUGCAAUAAUACUUUCUUUUGGUGGAAGGUUUAGGGAAAGAGUUACUAGAAAUAAGUAUUUGAUAUUAUGGGUAUUACUGUGUCAUAUUAUAUUGUGGUUCUUAUUAUUAUCAGGUCCCAAUAGUAUAACAUGUUUGUUUAGGGUUAAUUGUUCAAAUUAUAUAGACCAAAUAUCUUCAUUAAAAUUAACUGGUGGUAAGUUUCAAGGUCCAGGGAAUCACAAUAUAUUCCCUAUUAGCUGGAAGUUUGAAUUCCUCUUUUGGAACUAUGCAAGUAUUCUAUGUAUGACUCUGGCAUAUUGGCUAAUUAGUUCCUAUGUAAGAAAGGGGCAAAAGUCUACUUUGAGAAGGUACAAUUAG